AUGCCAUCAAGCGUGAGGAUCAGUAGACGAGAAGCAGAGUUCUAUGAGCUUACCGAUUCCGAGUGGUCCACCGCAUCCUGCUUGCUAUGGAAAAAGGCAGCCUACAAGAUUUCAAGGGGGAAAACACUUGAUGAGAUUACUGCAACUGGGUGUGCUGUUCCCAGAAAUGCACAGAAGCUUGCAGAUAGUAGUGGUGAACUCCUACCAGCAGAUGGCAGACAUAGUAGGAAGUCUGUAGCAGGUGUUUCGGAACCCCCAUCAGCUGACUCCAGCCGUGCAGGGAAGCCUUUAGUAGCUGUUUCCAAAUAUGCACAGAAGCUUGCAGAUCGCAGAUGUAGCAGGAGGUCUGUUGCAGAUGUUCCUGAAACCCUAUCAGCUGACUCCAGCCACGUGAGGAAGCCUUUAGCAGGUGGUGGUACUUGUAGGUCAGUGAAAGCUAAAGGGGAAAAGAGAGCUUGGUCAGAAGAAGAAAUCCAGGCAGUAAAAUCAAGGAAAACACUACUUGCUCUCAUGUUACCAGGAAAACAAGACAUCGAGGCAAUGCAGCAGGAACACCCGAUCCUGCAUUCCAGGUUCUGGAGGAAUAUCAAAGACUACUUCAGAAAUGAUAGUAGUAAACUUUUGGCUUUAAAUUAGGUUGUAAGUAUGCAAACAAUUGUUCAUAGUUGCUUUAUUGCUAUUCAUUAGGGGUGUCCAAAUGACUUGCCAGAAGGUUUACGAACUCAGUUUUAGACUUAAUCUUUGGGGCCUUGAAUUGUGCAUUUUUUGUGUUUCUUUGAUUGUUGGUAGGCUACAGCUAUUGAGCAUAAUAGAGGAGAUUACAUGCUCUUAUUUUGAAGUAAUGAUUAUUUGGUAUUGUGCCAGGUGCAGUGUUGAAAAGGUUCUUUCAAGUUGUCCAGAAAAAUUGUGCAUAGUUGCAUUACCAUUAUUCAGGGGGGGGUGCCCAAAUAACUUGCCAGAAGUUUUACAAACUCAGUUUUAGACUUAAAUCCUUGUGCCUUUUAUUAUGUAUUUUUCAUUUGAUUGUUGGUAGGCUACAGUUAUUGAGAAUGAUAAAGGAGAUUACAUGCUUUCAUUUUAAUUUAAUGAGU